AGGGGGCUUUCAGUCACCACGUGAGAGAGGAGAGCCCGAAAGGGAGCGAUCGAGCGAGAGCGAAGACUCGGAGAACAAGGGGAGAGAGAGAGCGAGCGAUUUACACAGUGGUUAUUCACAUGUGCUGAGCUCAAGGAAAUAUUGUGACCCGAACAAUGCCGACAGUCACUUUGCCGCCUAAGGAGAACGCUCUCUUUAAGAGGAUUCUGAGAUGCUACGAACACAAGCAGUACAGGAAUGGGCUGAAAUUUUGCAAACAGAUCCUCUCCAACCCCAAGUUUGCUGAACAUGGAGAGACGCUGGCGAUGAAGGGGCUGACCCUCAACUGCCUGGGCAAGAAGGAGGAGGCCUACGACCUGGUGAGACGGGGUCUGCGCAACGAUCUCAAGAGUCACGUCUGCUGGCACGUCUACGGCCUGCUGCAGAGGUCGGACAAGAAGUACGACGAAGCCAUCAAAUGUUACAGAAAUGCACUGAAGUGGGACAAAGACAAUCUCCAGAUCCUGAGGGACCUCUCCCUCCUGCAGAUCCAGAUGAGGGACCUGGAGGGGUACAGGGAGACCAGGUACCAGUUGCUCCAGCUGAGGCCGGCACAGAGAGCCUCGUGGAUCGGCUAUGCAAUAGCAUAUCACCUUCUGGAAGACUACGAAAUGGCUGCAAAAAUCAUAGAGGAGUUUAGGAAAACGCAACAGACAUCUCCAGACAAAGUGGACUACGAGUACAGCGAACUACUGCUAUAUCAGAACCAGGUUCUUCGAGAAGCAGGUCUUUACAAAGAAGCUCUCGAUCACCUCAUGACUUACGAGAAGCAGAUCUGUGACAAGCUGGCUGUGGAGGAGACUAAAGGGGAGCUGCUGCUGAAGCUGGAGCGCAUGGAGGAGGCCACAGAGGUGUACCGCCGGCUACAGGAGCGCAACCCGGAGAACUGGUCCUACUACCACGGCCUGGAGAAAGCGCUGAAGCCCGCCAGCAUAGAAGAAAAGCAAAAAAUCUAUGAAGAGGCCUGGGUAAAAUAUCCCAAAGGACUGGUGCCAAGGAGGCUCCCUCUAAACUUCUUGUCGGGCGAGAAAUUUCGGGAAUGCCUGGAUAAAUAUUUAAGAAUGAACUUCAGCAAAGGCUGUCCUCCGGUUUUCACCACCCUGAAGUCCCUCUAUAACGACAAGGAGAAGGUGGCAAUAAUUGAAGAAUUAGUAGUCGGCUAUGAAACAUCUUUAAAUAUCUGCCGAAUGUUCAAUCAAAAUGAUGACGGUAAAGAGGAGCCGCCCACCACCCUCCUGUGGGUGCAGUACUUCCUGGCGCAGCACUAUGACCAGAUCGGGCAGCAGACCCUCGCCCUCGAGUACAUCAACUCAGCCAUCGAGAGCACGCCCACCCUCAUCGAGCUGUUCCUCAUCAAAGCCAAAAUCUACAAGCACGCGGGGAACAUCAAGGAGGCGGCGCGGUGGAUGGACGAGGCCCAGGCGCUGGACACGGCCGACCGCUUCAUCAACUCCAAGUGCGCCAAGUACAUGCUGAAGGCCGGCAUGGUGAAGGAGGCCGAGGACAUGUGCUCCAAGUUCACACGGGAGGGGGCGUCGGCGGUGGAGAACCUGAACGAGAUGCAGUGCAUGUGGUUCCAGACCGAGUGCGCGCUGGCCUACAAGUCCAUGCACAAGUACGGGGAGGCGCUGAAGAAGUGCCACGAAAUCGAGAGGCAUUUUGUGGAGAUCACGGACGACCAGUUCGACUUCCACACGUACUGCAUGCGUAAGAUGACGCUGCGCUCGUACGUGGACCUGCUGAAGCUGGAGGACGUGCUGCGCAUGCACCCCUUCUACUACAAGGCGUCCCGGACGGCCAUCGAGAUUUACCUCGCCCUGCACGACAACCCGCUGACCAAUGAGAACAAGGAGCUGGAGGCGGACACAGCGAACCUGUCGGACAAAGAGCUGAAGAAGCUGAGGAACAAGCAGCGGCGAGCGCAGAAGAAGGCCCAGCUGGAGGAGGAGAAGAAGAACGCCGAGAAGGAGAAGCAGCUCAAGAACCAGAAGAAGAAGAAGGAGGACGACGACGAGGAGAUCGGCGGGCCCAAGGAGGAGCUCAUCCCGGAGAAGCUCGCCAAGGUAGAAAAUCCACUGGAAGAAGCGGUUAAGUUCUUGACUCCCUUGAAAAACCUAGUGAAAAAUAAGAUAGACACUCAUCUCCUGGCAUUUGAGAUCUACUUUAGAAAAGAGAAGUUCCUGCUGAUGUUGCAGUCAGUGAAGAGGGCCUUCUCCAUCGACCCAGACCAUCCCUGGCUCCACCAGUGUUUAGUGCGUUUCUUCAAAGCAGUGUCCGAGAGCAAAGACCUGCCCGAGGCCGUGCGCACGGUGCUCCAGCAGGAAAUGGCCCGGCUCUUCGGAGAGAGCGACGCCAAGAGCUUCAACGAGGCCUUCCUCCGCAAGCACUCCAGCUCCAUCCCGCACAGAGUAGCAGCUGCCAGAAUGAUGUACUACCUGGAUCCAUCCACAGAGAAGAAGGCUGUGGAGCUGGCCACUGCACUGGAUGAGUCCCUCAACAACAGGAGCAUUCAGAUCUGCACGGAGGUGCUGGAGAGCCUCCGCGACGGCAGCCUGGGCGACGGGCAGCAGACGGCGGAGGCGUACCGCGCGGACUGCCACAAGCUCUUCCCCUACACGCUGGCCUUCAUGCCGCCGGGCUACGAGGAGAACAUGAAGAUCGCCGUCAACGGCGACGUGUCCGCCGAGCCCGAGGAGCUGGCCAAUGACAUGUGAUGGAGCAGGGGUGGUGGUGGUGGUGGGGGGGAGGAGGAGGAGGGACUCGGGAAGCCCGUCGCCAUUCCGGAAAAACACCGUCGCCAAGGCUCUUGGCCACGCCCCCCGCAGGUCUUCUGUGACCCGGACUGAAUUACGAUGGCAUUGUAUUUGAGGAGAGAGCGAAAAAAAGAAAAGAGAAUAAAAAUGGCCAUUUUACGUUUUUUAAUCUUGCUGACGACUACUCUCUAACUGAAAAUAAACAGUAAACAAACAAAAAAAUAAAUAAAAAAAACACGUGAGUCUGGAGACAAUGAACAGCAAUGGGUUUAUUCUGAUGGAGGUGCGGAAGCAGAUCUGUUAAACGUCAACCACAUUCUGUCUACUUCCCAUGUUUUUAAAGUAAUUUAUAAAGAAAUUAAAAUAUGAAAUUAUUAUAAUAAAAAAUAAUAGAGGCUGCAACACACAGCAGGGAGGGGGUGGGCCAGAUGUGUGCCAAAAACCACUCCGUUAAUUUCAAAAAAAAAAAAAGAGAGAAGGGGAUUCUGGGAAGGGGUUAGCGCUGUUCAGCACUUGGUUCGUACUCUGAGCACAAGCUGGCGAGCGCCGUGGUGGGGCGUCAUGCCCAGCCCGUCCGGCAGGCUGUCCAGUAGUAGAACUCCACAAACGGCCAUCGAGAGCAACGGAAGACUUUCCCACAGAGACGGGGGUCAAAGGUCACAGGGAGUGCAGUAUGAAUGGCAAAUGCGUCGGUUUGCUUUUUGUUUUUUUGUUUUUUUUUCCCCUCCGAAUGGUUUGCAAUGUGAAAGUUGAAACGGUGGUGUAUGAUAAAAAUCAGCAUCUUUGUGAAAAAUGUUUGUCUUUUCAGUAAGGCAGUACAUUACGGUUUCCUUUGUCUCUUUGUCAGAACUUGAACGAGAUGAGUUUUUUUUUUUUUUUUUUAAAUCCAAUGUAAUAGUCAUGAUAUGAUAUAUUAGUUUCUAAAAUAAAGCAGGCAUUUGUCAAUCAUACUGGAUCCUGAGUACUGACCUGCCCCACCCACACAGUCACAUAGCAGAGGUCAUAGGAUGGAUCCAUACUGCUCAGGAGGCGAACUUCAUUUUUUUUUCCUGGUGGAUUAUGAUUUUUUACGGUCAAAGAGGAACAGCCGGUGAGGAUAAGAUUGAUGUGCAGACUGCCCUCUCUAGAUAACUGCAGUACUGGAUCCGCAUACUCACCCAGCGAUACCUCUAAGUCUUCACACGCCAAGGUGGGUCUUUUGGUUUUUCUUUUUUUUUUUUUGGUUUUGUAAUACUUUAAGCCCUGUCUUUCUAAACAGGAAAAAAUAAUUUCUCAUUCUGCGUUUCAGGACAAGCCCCAGACUUUGUACAUUUUCAGAAUGGUGGGGGCAAUUAAUAUAUAUAUAUAUACAUACAUACAUAUAUAUACAUUUUUUCCCCCAGAACCAGAUCAGCUUCUUCCUUCUUUUCAGUUGUAA